AUGGUCAUGCACGAGAACGAGAUCCCAGCUGAGGAAGAGCCUCCACGGAUUCGAGCCGAGGAGCUCGAGCAGUACUCUAAUGCGCAGCUCCAAGAAUUUCUCUUGCACAACCAGCGCGAGACCGGCGGACAUCUCACUCUUCCAAUCGAUCUAGAGAGUUGGAAAGCUCUCCCCAGUGAUGCGUCGCAGCUUCUCGUGGCAAGGCUUCAGGAGCAGAGGCUAGCUAUACAGAAUAAUCGUGUAAAGCCUGACGACCUUUUUGCCCGGCUACAACAAAUCCCCCUCGACAACGAUGACCGUGUAGUGCGGACACCUGAAUCAUCCACUAGGACCACUACGCUACUAGGAUCUGAGUACGAUGGCCGUCGAGGCGAAAAUGAGCGCGGCGACUACCAUCUUCUUCUUGCUGAUGGGGGUCGACCCUUUUACUCUAUAAAGAAGUUGGACGCCGUGAAGCAGGAUCCCGAUUCACACCACGACUUGCUUAAUCCAUGGCAGCAUCUCGACUCAUUCUCGGGUGGCUUGUUUGAGUGGGAGGUGUUUCAGCGGCAACUCGACCGGUGGGAGCAGUUCCGCAGGUGGCAGCUGGAGCACCGCGGCCAGGAUGCGCAAGCGUGCGAGAAGCACAUUGAAAAGGCGAGAACCAAGUACGCGCGCUUCGUUGAUCGCUCCCCGAUGCACGCCAGGCAGCUCGCCAACCUAGAUGAUCCCGAUUCAUUUCAACGAGAGCAUUUCAAAGCAAGAGACCUAUUCCGUAAGUUGACGCUCGAACGGCUCAGCAAAGGAGGCCAUCUGUAUACUACAUUCUCAAAUUACACUGAAGAUGUCAGGAGGUGUCUGAGACAGCAUAGAUUCCUUGAUCACAUUGAGCCGGAUAUGGACCCAAAGAAGCAGGACGAGCUAACUACCUGGGCCGAAUAUGUCCACUUCGAAUUCUGGUAUUUGGCCGCGUACGAGAGGGUGCUGGAGAGGGCGACGCCAAAAAUGAAGAGGGAGUGGGAGAAACUUCACGAGCAAGGUAUAUUCAGCAAGGAUGAGACGUUCGACGUCGUGCGGUCGGAUGAGUUUAGGAAGCAGCUUUGGCGUGAGAAGGAGGCGUCCUUGUCUGUUGUCCAGAGACUUCGAGAUCAGUUUGAGUUUGGCUCAGGCUCUACGACAGAGAGGGACCCCGAGACGGAGGAGAGGAUACGCGCGGCACAAAAGAACCAUGAACCCGUCGAGAAGAGAUUUGAAGCUGUUAUCGCUGUCCAGAACAGAGGGCAGUUCCUCAAAUAUGCAGACUACCUACAAAGCCAUAAAAGUCUAUUCAAGUGGACUUUGGACCAGUUUCGCCAAAUUCAAGCCGGGAUCGGACCUCUCUCAGAGAUAACACCACUGGAUAGUCAGAAGCCCAAAGGAGUGGAAGGCGGUGCAGAUGCUACGACCAAACGCAAGGUCGAUGACGAUGAACCAGUCCACAGGGCCUCCGACAAGCCCGAGGGAAGGCGAGAUUCCUCGCAGGAAGCACCGAACAUCCAGCCCACCUCAGGUAUCUCGGCAGCCGUACCUGGACGCGGCCUGACAACCCUUCUACAAGCCUCGGAAGAGUCAAACGUCACCACCAAACGGCAAAGAAGAUCGUCCUCCUCUGCAAAGAGUCCGGGAGAAUCUGAGAGACGCACAGGCGAGACUGGAAGCAUCAUGUGCCAAGGUGCAUCAGCCAGCCAAGACAGCACGGACGCGAACCACGGCCAAGUGACAAUGGGAGGAGUGGGACACGGAACAAGACUUGCUGCAAGGGGUGUGGCGGAAACAAAGGCUACAAGUUCAAGGGAGAGGCCUCACUAUGUCAACGAGCAUGAACGAAGCUCAAGCAAAGUAAAGCCCAUGAAAAUGCAUCAGCAGAGCAGCGCUCGUCGGGAAGACAAGGCGCAGGAACCAGAAUCAGUUCCAGCCAAGACGCCUAGAAAGCGGAAGAGGGAGCCUACGGCUGAAGAGGUUGAGGCCUCUAUUAGGCGGAAAAAAUCUUUGAGGCCCUUGGAAAGGCAAAACUACAGUAGGUCUGGUCUAUUUCUGACCCUCCUCAAUUGA